AUGGAGGACGGGGACAGCGAGGGGGACGGGCCCGGGGUGGUCCGGGAGAGACAGACCGGCACCACCUGCACCACCACCUCCACCCUGCUGGCCUCUGUCAAAGAGCAGGAGCUGCAGUUCGAGCGGCUGACCCGGGAGCUGGAGGAGGAGCGGCAGAUGGUGGCCAGCCAGCUGGAGAGGUGCAUGCUGGGAGCCGAGUCGCCGGGCGCCGACAGCAGCAGCUCGUCGGAGAAGUCCUUUGCGUGGCGGUCUGCAGGGGAGUCUCAGAGCGGAGCCGUGGACGCGUCCUCAUGUCCCGGACGCCCCCUGGAGGCGGAGGACGGCCUGUUCCUGUCCGAGCCAGACCGAGCGUCUCUGCAUGACAGUGAGGGCUCCGGAGGUCACUCGGCCCACAUGACCUCCUUCUCCGACAGCGGCUACCAGGACAGCCUCGGUUACCAUGGCAACCACAACGUGGUGCGCUCCGAGCCGCGGGCCUCGUCGUCCCGGAGUCCCCGAGCCGAGGGACAGGCGUCCGGACAGGCGUCGGGCCGGGUCCUCCGCAGGAUGGCGUCCCUCCCGUCCAGGAGCCAGUCCCCGGGCUGCGGCGCCGUCUCGCCGUCCCGGAUGUCCCUGCGGACGUCUCAAGGCAGCACGUACGACUCGCCCGUCCUGUCGGAGCCCCGCCCCCUGGCGGCCGUGUUCCCCGGCACCACCAUGCCGCCGUCCUGCCCGUCCCCCGCCUCCCCGGGCUCCGCCCCGUCCCCGACGGGGGGCGGGGCCCCGACCGGCUCGCCGCCGCGGGCGGAGAUGACGGCCGUGCCGCAGCACCUGGGCUCCACGCUGCCCCGCCAGAGCCGGCCGCUGGCGUACGGCGCCGACCCGUACGGACUGUUCCAGAGGAGCGCCCUGCCCCGCCCCGACAGCCUCAUAGGUCUCCACAGCUCCUACGGGGGUCACGGGGGUCAGGUGGAUCCCGAGCUGAGGGCGGCGCUGUCUCCGGACUGUCACAUGACCCCGCUGUUCGACCAGCGCUCCUUCCACAGCCCGCUGUUCCACAGCCCCGCCCACGAGGCCCAGGCCGCCCUCUACAGGACCGCCGCAGGUCUGGGGACCCUCCCGCGGACCACAAGCCAUUGCGGCACCCUGCCGUACCAAAGCAGCAGCUACGGGCUGAACCCGGCCGGGUACCUGGACUCCUUCAGGGCGGCCGCAGAACCCGGGUUCCCCCACCGCCACUCGGGACUGGAGCGAGCCGUCACCCCGACCCCGUCCAUCGAGAGCCUCCACAAGGACCCCAGGGAGUUCGCCUGGCGUGACCCCGAGCUUCCGGAGGUCAUCCACAUGCUGCAGCAUCACUUCCCGUCCGUCCAGGCCAACGCCGCCGCCUACCUGCAGCACCUGUGCUACGGAGACAACAGGGUGAAGGUGGAGGUGUGUCACCUGGGCGGAAUCCAGCACCUGGUGGACCUGCUGGACCAUAAGGUGUCGGAGGUCCAGAAGAGUGCCUGCGGGGCGCUGAGGAACCUGGUCUACGGCAAAGCCACCGACAACAACAAGGUGGCGCUGCGGAACUGCGGCGGCGUGCCGGCUCUGCUGCGCCUCCUCCGCAAGACCACCGACAACGAGGUCCGGGAGCUGGUCACCGGCGUCCUCUGGAACCUGUCGUCCUGCGACGCCGUCAAGAUGACCAUCGUCCGGGACGCUCUGAGCACGCUCACCAGCGCCGUGGUCGUCCCGCACUCGGGCUGGAGCAGCGGGGCGCGCCGGGACCAGAACCAGGUCAAGUUCCAGUCCUCACUGCUGCUGCGCAACACCACGGGCUGCCUGAGGAACCUGAGCUCGGCCGGGGAGGAGGCCCGGAGCCAGCUGCGCUGCUGCGAGGGACUGGUGGACGCUCUGCUGCACGUCCUCAAGGCCUGCGUCCACACGGCCGACUACGACAGCAAGAUCGUGGAGAACAGCGUCUGCACCCUGAGGAACCUGUCCUACCGGCUGGAGGUGGAGAUGCCGUCCUCCCGUCUCCUCGGCAACCAGGAGCUGGACUCCCUGCUGGGCUUCUCCUCCCCGGCCAAGGAGCUGGACUACCUGUGCUGGGGGGGCAAGAGGAGGCGGGGCCGCAAGAGGGGGGGCUGGCCCGACGGCAAGUGGGACGGGGCGGGGCUCCUGCCAGGCUCCUCCCAGUCCCUGCGGGGGGCGGAGCUGCUCUGGCACCCCCUGGUGGUGAAGCCCUACCUCAACCUGCUGGCAGAGAGCUCCAACCCGGCGACGCUGGAGGGGGCCGCCGGGUCUCUGCAGAACCUGUCCGCCGGGAACUGGAAGUUCUCCUCCUACAUCCGGGCGGCGGUCCGGAAGGAGAAGGGUCUUCCGAUCCUGGUGGAGCUGCUGAGGAUGGAUAACGACCGGGUGGUUUGUUCCGUCGCCACGGCGCUGAGGAACAUGGCGCUGGACGGCCGCAACAAGGAGCUGAUCGGGAAGUACGCCAUGCGGGACCUGGUGAACCGGCUGCCGGGCGCCGCCCCCUCCGUGCUGUCGGACGACACCGUGGCGUCCGUCUGCUGCACGCUGCACGAGGUCACCGGCCGCAACGUGGAGAACGCCAAGGCCCUGGCCGACAGCGGCGGGAUCGAGAAGCUGGUGGACAUCAGCAGGGGGCGGGGCAAAGGGUACUCCGUGAAGGUGGUGAAAGCUGCGGCUCAGGUGCUGAACACGCUGUGGCAGUACCGGGAGCUGAGGGGCCUGUACAAGCAGGACGGAUGGAACUACACCCACUUCGUCCCCGUCUCCACCCUGGACAGAGACCGGUACCGGUCCCAGCCCACCCUGCCCACCAGCCCGCUGCAGAUGUCCCCCGUCAUCCAGUCAGGCGGCAGCGCCACCUCGUCUCCGGCCAUGCUGGGCAUCAGGAGGCUGAGCUCCAGCCACCAGAGGGCGACGUCCUCAAUGCAGCUGGACUGUUACUACGGAGACGACCGCGUCCUGCAGCGCCAGAGGACAGGUCCUGCUAGGAGAAGUCCGUACUUCAUCGGGACGUAUUCGUCCCAGUCAGGAGAGGAUCUGAGACGGUCCCAGCACCCGGAGCCGUUCUACGACGAGCCGGACCAGAAGAACUACAACAGCUACAGAAUGUACCUGUCGUCCCCCCGAGGCUUCGGCGGGGACGGACCGGAGGACGGACCGGAGGACGGACCGGAGGACGGACUGGAGGACGGGCCGCUCGGCGUCUCGCCGUCCUCCGGCCCGGCGCUGCGCCUCAAGGCCAGCACCAACUACGUGGACUUCUACUCCACCGCCAGGCGGCCUUCCAGCCGGGCCGGCAAGUUCAGCGGCUCGCCCGACUCCUGGGUGUAGACCCGCCGGGACCCGCCGGGACCCGCCGGGACCGGACCCGCCGGGCCGGGACCCGCCGGGACCGGACCCGCCGGGACGUGCACGUGCUGCGUGGCGGGGUGGAGGAUGCAUGUGAAUGUGUGUGUGUGUGCACAUCUGUGUUGAACUGUACUGAAAGACCAGACUGAGACCAAACACAGCAGGUUCCAGGUUCCUGGUUCCUGGUUCCUGGUUCCAGGUUCCUGGUUCCAGGUUCCGGGUUCCAGGUGGGUCUGCUGCGCCUCUGUUUGAGUCAAAAGGUGCUGAGAUGAAGAAAACCAGCUGUGUUUGUUUCCAGACUCUGUUCACGUCCGCUGGCUCUGUGUGGAGCUGUCGCUCUAGAACCAGAUAUCUCAGACAGGAAGUGAGGAUCCUGUCGCUCUAGAACCAGAUAUCUCAGACAGGAAGUGAGGAUCCUGUCGCUCUAGAACCAGAUAUCUCAGACAGGAAGUGAGGAUCCUGUCGCUCUGGAACCAGAUAUCUCAGACAGGAAGUGAGGAUCCUGUCGCUCUAGAACCAGAUAUCUCAGACAGGAAGUGAGGAUCCUGAGGAUGGGAGCACGCCUUCACCAUGUUCCAGUGAGAACCUGCCGGUCUGAGAAGGGAACUUUUAAAGACUCUGCCUGACCUCCAGGCGGUUCCGUCGGUGGCGGUUCCGUUCCGUCGGUGGCGGUUCUACAGUGUACCAUGAAGUGUGUGAAAUCUGUGAAAACAGUGUGAGGAUCUGUUUGUACAGACGGUUCCGUCCCGUUACAUCGUUGUUCUCGAUAUGUGGAACCUUCUCUGUGAUGUUGUGAAGAUUCUCUAUGA